AUGGAUGACAUAAGCCAACCAAAAGAAAAAGGACCGCCGACUGUGACCGGUUUGUCGCCAGUUGAAGGUACGUCGCGUUCCUCCAUUUAUCAGUCACUUUUUGGAAUUACAGGCGUACCUGGAACCCAAGUGACGAUUCGAGGUGAAAAUUUGGGUUGCGAUCAAAACGAUAUCAUCUGUUUAAUAAUCUGCGGCUGCGAUUGUCUACCGACACUGAAGUAAGAAGCCUCUUCUGAAAAAAAGCGAUAUAUUUCGCUGCAGAUGGAAGUCGCCAUCGAAAAUCAUUGUGCGCGUAGGCCAAGCGGCUCGUGGCCCCGGAGAAGUUCGAAUUGCCACGAGAUCAGGUGGAAGAGGCAUUUCAAACGUCAAGUUCCGAGUCUUCAUCACCCAAAUCGGUCCACUUGAGGAGUCGGCUGUUUGGGUGGACGAGACGAGAACGGUCCCCGGGAGAGAGGCGAUUCGAAGUGUUCCUCAAAUUCAGGACGAACGAGAUGCGUUAGGCCUGCUUCCGAGCCAGAAAAGAUUCGAUCAGGGUCAGCUCUCUCUCGAUUUCCCAGAUUCAUCUGGCAAUUUACGCAUGGAGAACUUCUCGCCGCAGUGGUAUCUUCUGGAGAAUCACGCAGAUGCAACGUCAGUUUUUGAGCUUAUUGUAAAGUUGUAAAUUCUAGUUGUUUUCAGAAUUGAAGAAUUGCGAACUGCUAUCAAGAACAUGGAACUGGCGAAACAGAACGAUGCGAAGAGAAGCGAAGAAAUGCAUAAAGCGAAUCUCUAUUCUCUGAUCAACUGUGUCGAUACCCUUGCGAAUCUGCAUCAAGCUCUCGAGAAGGGAACCAAUGCCGAUCACUUUGCCGCUCUUGCCAAUAUUUCUAAACUUGUAAGCUGCUCCCUCUUUGCUCUUGUUAUUUAUUCACAUUUAUUCGUUUCAGAUAAAAGACUCAAAAACCAAAGCGGAAAGUGUGUUCGCAGACGUUCUGAAGCGAAAAGACGAUGCGGACGCGACGCGGAAUGCUCUCGGAGUCAUCGUCCGAUUCAAAUUCAUCUUCUUCCUUUCUUCAAAGAUCGAGGAAUGCAUGAAGAGAGGAGAAUACAUCACUAUUCUAAACGAUUACACGAGAGCCAAGUCUCUGUAUCAGGAUACGGAUGUACCCCUUUUCCGAGAGCGUGAGUCUAUUUGAAAUAAAAAAGAACAAGUUCAUAAUCGUCUUGAAGUAAUGACUGAAAUCGAUCGGAAAAUGAAUGUCUGCAAAGAGGAAAUGAAGAGAAAACUGAUAGAUACGCCAGUUUCUUACGAGGAGCAGAGCAAACUAAUCAAAUAUCUGAAAAUACUCGAUCCAGAGUCUGACCCCACCUGGGACUGCAUCACUUCUUACUAUGUUUGGCUGGAAAAGAGCCUAUGGGAUAUGCAGACUCAGUUCCUCGAAAAGGCAAAGAGUAAGAGCCCCAGUUCAAUAUUCACCACCCAGUUACCCUUUUUCAGCCGAGCUUAUCGAGAAUCAGCAACGAGUUCAACAACAUCCACUAAUCACAAAGACGAACGAACUGCAGAACUUUGUGACGACACUUGUGGAGUUGCUCCUGAGCAAACUUCCGUCAUUCUGGAAACUCGCCAACACCUAUCACAACUCGACCGUCUCUCCAGAUGCAAUCCAGCGCCUUGAAGACAUAAACGUAACAUUCCUUUCUCAUCUCUUAUCGCUUCAACAGCCAAUCUUCCAGCAAAUGCUCACCAACAUCAUCAACGUCUCCUCGUGGCUCAUUCUCAAUGCGCUCGUCCCGAAAGCACUUCCUGAUUUGGUUACGAAGCAGUACGGCGAUCAGUUUGCCAAGUGGCCUCAGAUCUCAGCGGACAUCAGUCGGUCGAACCUUCAGCAAAGUCUGAAAACUACUCGAUCGCUCAUUUCCUCCCUUCUCGAGAAUCAGUUCAGUUUGACCCACGUGCAGCCGCUCGUCGAGUUGUGCAUGACUGUUCGGCUGAAAUUAGUGUCUGACUUUGUUGAUUGUGGAGUUGAGAGUGAGUUGAAGAAAGAAUGAGGAAGAUUCACAUCUGAAAUUUACAGGAGUGGCUCUUCUUGCUCACAGAAUAAACUGGAAGCAGGACAUUCUGGAUAGAGCUCAGCACGCGAAAACUAUGCUUCCGGAUUACUACGAGAAUGAGGUAGUUAACUUGAGAAAUUCAAUGAGAAUCCUCCUCAACCAGACAAGUUUCACAGGUCUGUGAGUACAUCACCCGUACUCGAGAUGCCCUUUCGACUACCGGAUACCCCGGAGAAGCUUGUCUCUUCUCGAGGGAACGAUUCCGAGAGACUAUCAUUGAUCUGUUCGUCCAUUUGAUCACUUCAAUCAAAAUUGCUUUCGACCGCCUAUUCACCCGCCAGAGACCUCAACAAUUGGCUCAAUCUGAGAGCAAGAAAGGAAACGAGGUUAGUGAAAUAAGUGAACCACUUAUAUAAAGCUCAUUAUGUGCAGAUCACUACGAAGAAGUUGUUAAUCGCAGUCGGAGACAUUGAAUUUAUCAUUGCGAAGACACUGAACAACGUGGGCAAGAAGAUGCAAGAGUGCGGAGUGAAGCACGUUGAUCAAAUUCAGGAGGUCUCCACAUUGUUUAGGACUUGUAUAAAUCUAAACUCUUCAGAAAUCACGGGCAAAACUAUCGUCGUUCCGAACGAAAAUGAUCAACGAUUGCAUCGCCAUGAUGAGCAGUGCAUUCCAGCCGCUCAUCGCCUCCGCCACUUACGAAUACAUGCCUGACGACGACGGUAAUGAACGCUUUACAUUCCGCAAGAAUGUGUUGCCCUUCAGAUAUCUCCGAUUACGCGAAAGAGAUGAUCCUGUGCUCGGUGCUCCAGCAGGCCGAACUGGAGCUCUACUCGCCUCAACUGGCUGUCGAAUGCCUCCAGCAGACAGUUUCGAACGCCGUCGACGCUCUUCUCCUCCAUUUCUCGAAGCUUAAUUCAGACACUUCUCCGCUGAUCGUCACUCAGAUUGUGAUUGAUUUGACGGGCCUGGAAGAGGCUCUUUCGUCCUACACGACGCUUGCAAUCCGAGUGCAGAUCAACAACUACAGGGCGGGACUCGUCGGCCGAUUCGACAAACAGUGAGUGACCUCAUUCACAUGUUCAAAAAACGAUUCUUUCGGGAAGAUCCGAAAAGAUUAAAUAAUUUGCUUUCAGACGUCUCCAAAAGUGUUUGAAAAACAUGCGAACGACGAUGCGAAUGGCCCUCCAAAGCCUCGAACAACACGCCGAAGCCCUCGACGACGACGCCCAUAACACUUCGAACAUUUGA